CGCUCUUUUGUCUUUGGCCAAAGCUUGUUUUCACUUGCUCUCUCUCUCUCUCGGAAGCAGUGUUAUUAUACCUUCAAAGUCUCUCCAAUUAAUUUGAUUGGUCGUUGCUCUUAAUUGCCAAUUUCUUUGAGCUGCCUUGAGCGUACUGGUCAGAGACGUUGCAGAUAUAGACAUGUUAUGCUCAAAAACAAAGAAGGUUGGUGACAGUUGAAUUUUCUUGGCCACUCUCAUCAUGAAUCUCGAUCCACAUGUUCCCCUUAAAGAUCAGAAUGAAAGACAAAGUUUAUUAUCUGAGGUUAUUAAUGCGGAAAAACAGUUGUGGGCAUUGAUCCAUUCCAAAGAUCUAUCGCAUGCAGGAGUUGAAGAGUUGUACUUGAAAGUCCGUUCUGGUUAUGAGAAAAUCAUCCUGAAUGAUCAUGAAAGGAUUAACCCUCAAGAUACAGAGUAUUCCUUGUGGAAGCUUCACUAUAAAUAUAUUGAUGAAUUUCGUAAAAAAAUUAGGCAAACUUCUGCCUAUGCAGAGAGUGGAAAAUCUGCCAUUUCACAAAAUGUCGUUAAUGUGCAGAACAGCAUUGAGAGCCAUAAGCAACAAUUCAUCUCAUUUCUGUCAGAUUCAAUUCAAUUCUAUCACAAUCUGAUAAAGAGAGUCAGAAGAUGCUAUGCGCUGCCAGAAGAUCUUUCAUUUUAUGAGAACUGUGCUGUUGAUACAACAAAAUUGCAUAAAUGUCAAUAUUCAUGCCAGCGCUUUUUAGUUUGUCUUGGGGAUCUUGCCAGAUACAGGGAACUGUAUAUGAAGCCUGAUUUUCAGAGAUGCAACUGGUCAGUUGCAGCAACCUACUACUUUAGAGCAUCAUUAGUUUGGCCAGAUAGUGGGAACCCCCAAAAUCAGUUGGCAUUAUUGGCUACAUAUAUUGGUGAUGAUUUCCUUGCCUUGUACCAUUGCAUAAGGAGUUUAGCCAUUAAGGAACCAUUUCCUGAUAGCUGGAAUAACCUUAUUUUACUAUUUGAAAAGAAUAGAUCAUCUCAUUUGUGUUCACUUUCCAAGGAGGUCCAUUUCAAUUUCUUAAACCCAUAUGAAAGAUGUACUUCACUCACUCUAUCACAAUCAAGCUGUGGUUCCCAGAAAAAUGAUAUACCUCAAUCCACUGAGCGCCUUUCCUCUGCAAAAAGUGAUCUAUGGCCUCUUUUUGUCAGACUGAUAAGUUUCUUUUUCAUUGAAUCCAGUUUGGAUGAAUUUUCUUGCACUUUAGCAUCUACCAUCAGAGAGUUGGAUGUUCUGUUGGCACUAGAUGAUACAGAACUGAAAGCUGCAUUAGAGCCCUACCAAAAUAUGGAAUCAGGCAGAACAGGCCCUUUCCGAGCCCUUCAAAUGGCUUCCAUACUGAUCUUCAUCAUUCAUAACCUGACUGAAAGUUGGGAGCACAAGGAGUUGAAGGAAGAAAGCAAUAUGCAGGAGCCUAUGUUGAUUCAGUUGGCUCUGACUACUGCAUUCGUUUGCCUUGCUCGCUUUGUUGAGCGAUGUCUGAACAGCAAGCCUCUGGAACUUAGUCCUCUUCUACCUGCCGUGCUUGUGUUUGUUGAGUGGUUGGUCAACUUGCUGAAUAAAGUGGAAACUUAUGGUGUUCAUGAAAAUGCUAGAAGCGCUAUGUCUUACUUCUUUCAUGCUUUUGUUGACCUUCUAAAUGAACUUCAUAAAAACGAGGUUGAAGUCGAGACUCAAGACAAUACUGCUCUGUGGGAAGAUUAUGAGCUGAGGGGCUUCACACCAAUAGCUCUUGUACAUAGUUCAUUAGAUUUCAUCAGUCAUCCAAUACUUCCUGAUAAUAUUGACAGUACAAAUUCAUGCUGUGCUCACCGCAUCUUUCGUUCUGCAAUGCAUAUUGUGGACAAGUCAAGUAAUUCUCAAAAGUGGAUUUUCUAUGACAAAUUGGGAAGAAAAUUCUACACAGCAGAGUUGAAAAGUUCUCCGUGCCAGGGAGUAGCUGAAUUGGCCGAAUCCAAGACAGAUCCUGAAGUAAAACAGUCCCCUCGGCAAAGAGAAGCAGAAAUGGCUGAAUCCAGUUUGGAUAUCGAGCUAAAAGAGCCCCAUCAGCAUGGAUGUGAAACUGCUAAAGAAACCAGGGAAGAUAACCCUGGAGGAAACCAAAGUCGUCCUAUUGAAAAUGUCAAGUCUGUUGUAGAAGAAGAAGAAGUCAUUCUCUUUAAGCCUAUCAUGAGAUAUAACUCAGCACCGCUCCCUGUUGAAAUCUUUACAGAUGAAGAAAAGGAGAAAACGGCAUCCUCUGAUGAAUGCCUGCGCCGCACCACUUCACUGUUUACAGCUCAAAGCCAGGCACAGAUUGAUUCUUUUAGUUUUGGCUCAGAUACCAGUAAUCUCAGAAGCAGCAACACGAACAAGGAGCAGGAGCCUCUGUUAAAGGAUGCAACUACGUAUCCUGCUGGGCCGCCCUCGCUCAAUGCUUGGGUCCCUGAUAGAGAAAGUUUGAACAUUGAAGGGGAGAAAGCAACCAGGACUUUCUAUAAGCGUAGCUUGAGCCCUAUAGAUGAAAUGGUUUCUGAUCCCUUUACCGGUCUCUCCAUCCGCGUAACUGAGGAUUCUAUAAUUGGCUCCAGGCAUGGUGCUGCAGCCGCCCCCUACUCUCCUCCUCCCUAUGCAGUUCCCGUGCCAUCGGCUCCGUUGUUGCCUGAUGAUGCGAUUUGGUUUACUGACAAUGUGCCUCAUAUUCCUGAGUACAAGACCGCGAGGAAUAUCAAAGAGACAGGCGGUGUUCUUGGUGUGCCACCACCGGGCGGCUACACCAAUUGGUCUCCUACUCAUGGACCGUUGGGCUUUAGCCCGAGUAUUCCAGGUUUAAACGAAGUGUAUCAGCCUGUGGUUGGAAUGAGCUCCUCGGAGUGGCUUCAUCAGUACAGAAAUCUAAAUCCUGAUCGAGCCAGCAGUCAGGUAUGGCCGGUUCACUUCUAUGCUGCACCUGGAACUCUUGGAAACUUCUAUGCUCACGACACGCCCAGUUUUGAUCUUCGUGAUCAAUGGGGAAACCCGCUGAGCUCUAGCCAGAUGGUGUAUCUGGAGAGCCCACAAUUGCAUCCUGCUGGUUCACCUCUCAUUUACAGUGCUGAUGAACAAGUAAGGGAGAAGCUCUUUACUGGUAACCCGAAGCCAAGCCCUUACGGGUAUGGGUAUGGUGUAAUGGGUGAUAGACCUAAUUAGAGCCCACCAAGCAGCCAUGAUUUCUUCUUUACCUCAAAAGAAAAAGAAUGUAGAUUGCAGACUCAUCACAACAGCACUGCCACUUUUGGAACUGAAAGUAUCCCUUUUCCUUCUUUUCUUUUUCUCUCUCUCUCUCUUCUUGUGUUUGAUAAAGAUGUAGUGCAUCCAAUUGUAACUUAAAUAUCAACAUAAAGUAGCUCUUGUGGAUGUGUGUAUGUAUGUGGUAUACAUACAUGUGUGUACAUAAGUUGAAGCUCGCACUUUAAAUGAAAGUUAAAGAUUGCUCAAAA